GCUGUUGCUACGUGUAAAGUAGUGAUAGUACUUGGAGCUCUGCUGCUGCAGAUUGCUCGAUCUGAAUCACCGGUUGAGCGGUCCGACCACAAGUGCGGCCAAUACCCCGAUGGCAAAUGGGCUCAUUGCGGCCGGGGACGAUGUUGCAGUACCAAUUUCUACUGCGGCGACAAUUGGGAGCACUGUGACGGUAUUUAUUGUUGGUACCAAUGUCAUCAGGUUCCUUAUCCUCCGAGAAGUGAUCAUGAAGUAGCUCAUGAAACGGCAGGAGGAGAAGUACUCGUCGCACCUCUUCCACUUAACGAUACGCUUCAUAACCGCUAUUUGAAUGGCGAUCAUGAUCUCGUGGAAGUGCGGCCCGCCAAUGCUUCUUCUUCUUCUUCUUCUUCUUCUUUCUCGUCACCGUUAUCAUCAUGUGCAGCUUCUCUCUCCCGCCUGCCUCUAGCUUCUCGUCACAAGUAUCCUUUUGCUGCUCUACCUGCUCCCCGGUCUCAAAACAAUAAUGCAACUGCUACUCACUGCGGACGUUGUUUGAAGGUUACAAGUUUUGGAGUUGAAGGGCUUCCUAAUCAAGUGAAGGUCCGCAUUGCUCAUGAGCAUACCAAUCAGGGACUUGAAUUGGAUUUCAACACUUUCAAACAACUCGAUACAGAUAGUAGGGGAAUUACUAAAGGUCGUAUCUUCGUAAAGUAUCAGUUUGACAGUUGUUAAAAGACAUGUACUUGUACGUUUGUGUACAAGUACUCAUAAAAUACUUAUUAUAAAAGAAUCUACUCAUAAAAUAAAAGCCA